AUGCCCGACGACGAACCGUCUAUUAACAUCCCCUCCCUCCUUACUCUCGCCGUCGUCUCUUUCUUCGUCAUUCGAUGGUUCCUCAAUCGGGAUGGCGACUCCGACGCAGGAACUGGCCGUAGCCGUACUCGUGGCGCAGUCGACCCAGCCCAGGUGGAGCAAGUAUCCCAGAUGUUCCCUCAAUUGAAUACACGCGACAUCAUGUGGGAUUUGCAACGCAAUGGAGGUAACGUUGCGGCGACCACGGAGAGAGUCUUGACUGGACGGGGAUUGGAAACGCCACCACCUUCUUUCCAGCCCCAGAUCGCAAUCCCCCACGCCGGUACACCAGCCACUCAGACGACAUCCACGUCGACAGCGACGGCGAAAAAGGAUGGCCAGGAUUUGAUCUCGCGGUAUAAUCUCCAGAGCAAGAUGGACUCCGUUGGCCCCAGAGACGCCCAGACUGUGUCCGGUGGAUGGUCGCAGAAUAAGGAGGAGCGUCAACGUCUACUACAGAAGCGCAGAGACGAUAUGAUUCUGGCAGCACGGAAGAGAAUGAUGCAGAAGGAUCAAGUCUCCACACAAUAA